GCAUCUUCUUUCUUUCUCUCUCUCUGUCUCUCUCGGUUGUAUUAAUAAGGAACACUACUAGCUCUUGUGCUCUUAUUGGGUCUUCAUUUGAUGGCUCUUGAUCUAGAAAUGGAACGAGGCACUGGCUCAACAAAAGAAAGAUCUUUCUCUUACUCCAAAGCAACCCCUCUCCUUCCUUCUCUAACCUCGCCACGUGGCUCUGAAAAUGGAGGCAGCCAUUUUGACAGGAGUUUCAUGCGAAAAGGGAUAAGCUCUCUUUCCCUUAGUGAGAGAGAGUCGAAGAAGAGUCAUUUUACCCAUAGCCUGGGAGGGGUUCACUAUAAUGCACCUUCACAAAAGCAAUCCAGUGUAAUGGCAGACGUACUUGUACAGCCAUUGUCGAUAAAUUCAGUCGGUCGAUCGAAAGUUACUAUGGGGAUGUCCUCUACCGGCGUUUCCAUGGCAACGAGACCCAGCAGACAUCCCACAAGUUCGGUGGAAACUCGAGAUAGAAGCGGGACUGUUCCGUCAUUGCCUCAAGUGGGAAACGUCAAGGAUGGGAAAUCACGGGAUCAGACCUGGGAUAUUUAUGGCGAUACAGAGCAACUCCUUCUAUCUCCUUAUUCCUCAAGGCCCCGCCCCUCUCCCUCUCUCAUUCCCAGACUAAAACCCUCCGGCAGCUGUAGGAGAUCACCCAGUAAACAGACUACAGCUGGUGCUAGUGUUCCUGAUCCUCAUUCUCGUGGUCGACUUUAUCGCUCAACUUCUCUUCGAUCAGACAGUGACCUAGAUGGUGACUCGUUACCAAUCCCUGGUAUUGGGGGUGUUCCAGCUGCUGUUCCCUCUACCUCGAGAUCACGCCGGAACCCCCAGCAGUCCAUACGUUUACCAAUGACCCCGUCACAGGCCAUUAAAGAGUAUGGGCACAGGCUCACUGGCUACGAGAAGAAGGAAAUCCUGGAGUAUCCUGAUGUUUGGUUUCUGGGUCUGGAGUCUAAGAAAAUCGAAGGGGUCCCCGGGGGGUCUCAGAAUUGUGGCUACGAUGAUGAAAAUGGGAGCUAUAUAAAGGUCCUUCAUGAUCACAUAUCCUAUCGAUACGAGAUAAGAGAGAUCAUAGGGAAAGGAUCCUUUGGACAAGUUGUAAAGGUUUUUGAUCAUAAAACCAACCAGCAUAUUGCUCUCAAGAUCAUACGAAAUAAGAAAAGGUUUCAUCACCAGGCACUGGUUGAAGUCAAAAUACUGGACUCACUGAGAAAAAGGGAUCGUGACAACCAGUAUAACAUCAUACACAUGUUUGACUACUUUUACUUCAGGAACCACCUCUGCAUAACAUUUGAACUAAUGGGUAUGAAUCUCUACGAAUUAAUCAAAAAGAAUAAUUUCCAAGGAUUUAGCAUCUCUUUGAUAAGAAGAUUCGCUUACUCAAUGCUUCAAUGUCUGAAGAUACUCUACAGAGAGAGAAUCAUACACUGUGACCUCAAACCAGAGAAUAUACUGCUGAGAUUGAGGGGGCAGAGCUCUAUAAAGGUGAUUGAUUUCGGAUCAAGUUGCUACGAGCAUCAAAGAGUAUACACUUACAUACAGUCAAGGUUUUACAGAUCACCAGAAGUAAUACUCGGUCUCCCUUACAGCAUGGCUAUUGACAUGUGGUCCCUGGGCUGUAUAUUAGCCGAACUGUACACAGGCUACCCGUUGUUCCCUGGCGAAAAUGAAGUGGAACAGUUAGCCUGUAUCAUCGAAAUAUUUGGACUACCUGACCCAGCGUUACUAGCUGAGGCUCAAAGAAAAAAAUUAUUUUUUGAUUCACGUGGUAAUCCUCGCUGUGUCACUAACAGCAAAGGAAAGAAGCGCCGUCCCGGGAGUAAAGACUUAAGCUCAGCCAUUAAGACGAGCGAUCUCCUAUUCCUUGAUUUCAUCAGACGGUGUUUAGUUUGGAGUGCUAGUGAACGUAUGAAACCUGAAGAGGCUUUACAGCACGCUUGGAUUCAAGAAGGAUUUCAUAGUCGUCCUCGUGCCACGCCUAGAGCGUUACACAUCUCUCCUUCCUCUUCAGCUGGUACUCCCUCCUCCUCCUCUCAUUAUCAUUCUCAGACCCUCCCCUCUCACCAGCAGAAACCUAACGGUCGUCAUGGCAGCAGUCAACCGCCCAGUGACAUUAGCCCAGGCUCUGUGAGCUAUACCGACUCGAGUAGGCGGAGACUUCAUCCUGUGGGGUCCGAUUCACAACCAAAAGUACUGGAACCGGCAACAAGACGCAACGGGUACAAUAAGAGGAACUCGUUAGUUAUUGAUAGCACUGGGAGUGUUAUGAGAGGAGGCGGGGCGUUUCCCAUAGCAACUGCUGGUGAGACUGAACACAAUGAUCCUUCUUGUCGUUCGCCUUCAACUUCAUCUCCUCCUCCUCAAUAACUCUCUCUCCCCUCUCUCUCUUUCUACUAACUGAUUUUGUAAUUCUUUUUUUCAUCUUUCAUACUUAAAUGUGUCCAUCCAAUCAAAAUAUAUUGUGUCUUCUGAGAAUCAUCAUUAUCAUUAUUAUUAUUUUUUCCUUAAGAUUUAAAUCAUUUUCUUUCUCCCCCUCCUCUCUCUCGUUUUUCAUUUCCUUAUUGUGUCUCGAUAAAACUGUCUGUGUGUUAUAAGAUAACCUGUGAAUCCUUUAUUUUCAUACAUGGCUAAUAUUAUUAUUAUUAUUAUUAUUAUUUCUGUUUAUUUAUUAAUUUUGUAGUAAAACUUUACCUCUUUUUAAUACAGAGAAAUUUAAUUUAUA